AUUUCUUCAACCAUCUCCCUAUCCCUACAAACCAGACAAAUUACAUUACAUGGAUUGAAAAAAAGAAAAAAGAAUUAAAACCCUCCUUCAAAACAAAACUAAAUCUAUACAAUCAUUGGAUUACACAUUUCUAUCCCCCAGGCCACGUUUCAUGUUUGAAUCAAACCACACCCCAUCAAGAUUUUCAACCUUUUUUUGAAAGUCAUAUAUAUACACACCAUUGGAACUCCAAGAGAGUUGCAGGCUCAACAAUGGAGGGCAAUACAACUCCUCAUACACCGUCUUAUGUGGUUAUCGCAUUCGAUGCAACUAAGGAUCAUAAUGAACGUGAGUUUAGAAUUAUCAUCAAUCAUAUACGAGUUAGAGGAGACAUUCUGCGUGGUGGGGAUACGCUUCUUAUGCUUGGAGUUUUGCAUAGAGUCACUCACCCUAUGGGUUACCAAAGCAAACCAUGUCCAGAAUCUUUUGGAACAAGCCUUCGUGCCAUGGAGGAAGAACUCUCAAACAAGGUUGAUUCAUAUGUUAAUUUGCUCCACCAAAGUGCUGAAGAAUGUGAAGAGCAAGGGGUGAGCAUUGGAGUUAAAAUUACAGCUGGGGUUCCCAUAAAGAAUGUUGUUCUACAAGAAGUGGUUGCCUCAAAGCCAGCAUGGGUUGUACUUGAUAGACACCUCAGACGGGAUUUGAAGUUAUACCUUAAACAGAUACCUUGUAAAGUUGCAUUAGUUCAAGACAGCUUGAACGUUGAUGUUUUGAGAAACCAUACAAUAAGUGAACCAGAUAUUGGAGACCAAAAGGUGUACUCCAUGUCCAAGUACAAGUCUGUACCUCCAUCCAACUUUCACUUUACUGAAAAUAUCGAUCCUUCGGAAACCUCAUCAAGAAGAUACUCCUUGUCCACGAGUUACUUGGAAAGCUCCAAGAGUGGCCUCUUCACCCCUUCAUCUACAUUGAAAUCAGAAGAGCAUAACUUUUUAUCUGAUUUUGGUCCUUCUUCUAAGCUGGAAAUAUCGGAUACAUAUACCAAAGGAGGAAGUAUGCUAUUUGACACACCAAAUAUUAUCCAAAAGCAGCAAAGGUAUGGCUUCCGCAACAAAUCCACAGGAUCACCUCUUCUUUGUGUUGCUUGUGGACUAAGGACUGAACUGUAUAUCGAAGAUUCAAAGGCAUUCACUUACACUGAGAUUCAACAAGCCACUGAAGACUUUUCAAAGAAGAACUUGUUAGGGGAAGGUGGAUAUGGUCAUGUAUACAAGGGUAAGCUCAAAGAUGGACAGCUGAUUGCAGCAAAGGUCCGGAAACAAGAAAGUACACAAGGAUUUGCCGAGUUCAAUUCCGAGGUAUCUGUCUUAAGUUUCGCACGUCAUAAGAACAUUGUGAUGCUGCUGGGUUAUUGUUGCAAGGAGAACCUCAACAUUUUGGUUUACGAGUAUAUAUGCAACAAGUCCCUUUACUGGCAUUUAUUUGAGAAUACAGAAAAUGUUCUUGAUUGGCAUCAAAGACGUGCUAUUGCAAUUGGCACUGCAAAGGGUUUACGUUUUCUGCAUGAAGAAUGCCGUGGUGGUCCUAUUAUUCAUAGGGACAUGCGUCCAGGCAACAUACUUCUCACACAUGACUUAGUCCCUAUGCUAGGUGACUUUGGUCUAGCCAGAUGGAAGAUAAAUGAUGAAACACUACAGACAAAAGUUCUUGGAACAUUUGGAUACCUUGCUCCAGAGUAUGCAGAGAAUGGGUUUGUUUCAGUGAGGACAGAUGUGUAUGCAUUUGGGAUAGUUCUCCUACAACUAAUAUCAGGUCGCAAAGUAAUUGACUACAAAAGCGAAGGACAGCAAGUAUCUUUGAGACAAUGGGCAGAACCACUGAUCGAAAAGUUAGCACUACAUGAGCUCAUUGAUCCUCGUAUUGAAGAGUCAUAUGACACCUAUCAACUCUACCUUAUGGCUAAGACAGCUUACUUAUGCGUGCAAAUGAACCCUGAAAUGAGGCCAUCAAUGGCGGAGGUAUUGCGCCUUCUGGAAGGAGAAGCCGAUCAUUUCCACCAAUUGAAGGAAAAGGCAGUUCCUCAAUUUACAAAACGAUGAACAAUAUUUACUUCAAUUACUUGCAUUUAGAAUUUCAUCUUAGAUGUCACUGCUUUUCCAACAUCAACAUGGAAAAGGGUAAAAAAACCAAUGUAAUAUACUGUUUUUGCAGUCACCAUCUUAGUGACAUUUAAAAGACUGUUACAGUCAAAACAUCUCAAUAUAUACAGAUAUAAUUGUCGCAUUAGGAGUACUGCAUUAGAACCAUAGCCCUACAAACAAGUAGGAUCUUCAAUGUAACAUGCUAGGCAUAACGAAGUUUUGAAGUGUGAAGUCAUUUCAUGCAUAGUGACAACAGUACUGGGUAUUGGCUACCAUGAUCGGUCUCGAAAGUUCCAACAAGACAAGAAUAAGAUAAGGCUUAGAGGGGUUUUAUGAGACACUGAAAACCUGUAAUUUGGUUCUGUAUGUUAAGACCGAAGUACAGUGCUUCCCACAAGGUGGGGCUUUGCUUGGAAAUCAUUAGCAUUUUCAAUUCCAUUAGCGAAAAGAACCCAAGGCGUGAGAGCCGUCUAAAGUGUUUACUUUACCAAUG